AUGACACUGGCUAAUGACUUUGAAAAAGUCUUCUUGUACCAUGACAUCGGGUAUAUCGGCAUAGGGUUUCUUGGACUUCCUUAUAUGGUCAAGCUACUGGGUCUGUGGGGUGGUAGUGGCGGACUUCUCUUCUAUGGAAUUUUGGCCGAAUUAGGAGCUUUGAUAUUAACAGGAUGUACCCAGCGUCUAACUGAAAGAACUGGUCAGAAGGUUGGAAAUAUAGGAAGUGUGUUGGAGAUGAGUAUGAAAGUAGGACCUCUUUGUGUACAACAUCACGCCGGAAAAUUAAGAGUUUUCAUUGACUGUUGUAUAUUUGUGUCUUAUGGUCUGUACAUGCCUGAUCUGAUAUCGCUAAUGAACCUCGUUGGAAAAGAU